AAAAAAUUACCAGUAAUAAUAAUGUCUGAAGAAAAAUUAAAAACAAAUUCUAUUUCAUCAUCAGCAUCGAAUGUUCUCAAGAUACAACGGGGACGAGAUCAAGUUGAGGUGUUUAGAGGUGCAUUUUUGAAGUUGGAAGGCUUUGUUGCUAGUCGAGGGCAAAGUUGAGCGUUUGUUUAUGUAUUCUGCAUUGAUACUUUUGCGAUAAUGAGAACACUUUUAGAUAAAGACGUAAAGGCGCCUAAUGUGUUUGAGAGAGUUAAAGAAGAGUUUGAUGCAUUGUUGCAUAGUGAAAGACGUUCAGAUCAGCAUCACAAGGAAACUCACGGGUUGCGUAAGGAUAUUGAUGAGAACACACCAAUCGAUGAUGUGAAAGCACCCAAUGUGUUCGAGAGAGCCAAGGAGGAAAUCGAGGCUCUUGUUCAAGCAAUUCAUCCGAAAAAGGAAGAUCAUAUUCAUGCUUCGACUUCAGAUGACGACAACAGGACUGAUGGUACAAUGGCCGAGUUGAAACAUAAUCCAGAGAGCAUCACAAAGGCGCCUACUAAUCAAGACAAAACGGCAAAAGAAGCAACAGAAUCACAUUCUCCCGGCCAAAAAUCUCCACAUCGUCAUCACAAAGAAACUCACGGAAGGAGCGAUGACAUUGAUGCUAAUACACCAAUCAAUGAAGUUAAAGGUCCAAAUAUAUUCGAACGAGCCAAGGAAGAAAUCCAGGCACUAUUUCACUCAAUUCAUCGAAAGAAGUAAUACUAGCAGUGCUACUCAAGAUCACAAGUAGAUGUUGGUUUUGAUGGAGUUUCAAAGUUUUUAUACUCUUUUCGUUCAUAAUGAAUCCUUGGUAGGGAGCGCUACCCCCGAAUGGUGCUCUAUCCUGUGCGAAUCCGGAUUAGUCGGGCUCCAAUGCGGGUACCGGACACCGGAUGGGAAACAAGAAAAAAGAAAAAGAGUUACUUCUAUUGUAUAUAAAUGUGUGUUGAGCUACUAUCUGAAUUUUUUUCACUUAUUUGAUAUUUCCAUACUUGCGAUAAGAAAGAUCGGUCUACCGGAAA